UGUGUGUGUCUGUAUGUAUGUGUCAGCCCGUUACUACAGAUUAAGAGACGGAGAAUGCAAACAGGAUACUUUUUGUCUUUUUUGUUCCUUCCCAUAUUUUUCGAGGCAUGCUGUGUGAUGAAAUGUCAAAGGAGAAGAGCAGUGUUGCAGGACACUACACAUCAGUAUUACAGAGCUGUAAAGGGGGAAUUGUUCGCCAUGCCAUGCAUUAAAUCCUCAAGCGGACAUAUGGAGACUUCGUGGUUCAGGACUGAAGAAGGAGGGGAAGAAACUCAAGGAUCACCCAUUGAAUGUAGGACAAGAUUUCAAGUUGAAACCAAACAUUCUGGAAACUACACAAGCCUCACAGGGAUGGUCCUUCAUCUGCAGGUACUGGACGGAGUCGCCACCAGAUGCGUUGAGUCUGACAGGACGAGUGUAUAUCUGAAGGUGGCUGUUAGUGGGACAAUCCCCUGCCCUCGUUUCCUCUGUGGAAAUAACACAGACGUCAUCUGGUACAAGGGUAACAAACCUGUGUGUGAAAUGCAAAGAGAUUUGUCUGAAAAAGAGGGGAAUCUAACUCUCCGUAGUGUCAAAUAUGCGGACUCCGGAAUAUAUUUCUGUGACAGACUCAUCAGUGAUCAAGGGGUCCUGUGGACCCUCAGGAGAGCUGUCAAUGUUACCGCUAUUCCAUCUAUAGAUGCUCCAACCAUUCCUGAAGGCAACACAGAGGAGGAAGUUGAGCUUGGACAGCCCCACACUCUGACAUGUACGGCAUAUUUUGACUUUGAACCGGUAUCUUCGCGAAAGGUGGAGUGGUACAUGAAUUAUGGUGGCAACAUGGAGAAUAUGACUCCUCUUCCCAUGGAGGCAUCUCAAGAAAAACCGGUGGAUGUCGACAAGUACGAAGUCAUAAAGGCUGCCAUCAUUAAAGAGGUGACACUGCAACACCUCAGCCACACCUAUACCUGCAUCGCCAGUAAUACUGCAGGAAACAGCAGCAUCACAGUCAAGCUCAAGAGGAAAAUCAAAGAGAAGUGGCCAUCACUGUUCGGCUAUCCCAUCGUCUCCGUCCUGCUGGUUUCUGGCCUGGGAGUCAUCUUGCAUUUAAAAUGGUUGGAAAUCCAACUGAUCUACAAAUCCCAUUUCAAAUUCGGCAAACAAUGUGAAGAUGGAAAGCAGUUUGAUGUAUUUCUGUCACAUGUGUGGAGCGCUCCCCUGGUGGAGGUGGCAGAAAGUUCAACUCUUUCCUCCAGACCAGGACUUUCCAGCGAUGAUGAACAACUUUUUCCAAUCACAGUUUUGGAUAAAACCUCCAACGUACCCCUGGAAGGCCUUCUGCCCCAUGUGCUGGAGGGUCAGUGGGGCUAUCGCCUCUGUCUGCUGGAGAGAGAUGUGGUUCCUGGAGGAGCAUACACGAAUGAUGUGGUGCUCGCAGUCAAGAGAAGUAGGAUGCUGAUCUGCGUCCUGUCAGCCGAGUAUCUCAGCAACAGCAAUGCUGUGUUUGUGCUGGAGUCCGGAGUCAAGGCUUUACUGCAAGCGUCCGCCUUUAAACUCUUGGUGAUCUGGACCGGUGGAGCCCCAACAUCACCAAUCCAGCAAGACCUGCCCAAGCUUGUCCAAAGAGCCUUGAAGGUGCUACCCAGUCUGGACUGGAACUCGGGAAACCCUGCGAGAGGCACCGGCAACUUCUGGAGAUCUCUGAGGAAGAUUCUGCCUCGUCACAGAGGCUGAUGGCAGUAGCGUUACUGUGAGGACCAGACUGGAUCAAAUGUGACAUUUCUCAAACACAAUGCUUGUUUAUUGAAUUUAUAAUGCUCAGCUAUGUUACGAGGUUCUCUUCGGACACUGCUUGCAGGCAAAAAGCAGAACAUAAAACAUUUGUGUGAAGAAAACAUGCACAGUAAGUAGCGGAAGGAUGAAUACCUGAAAGAAUGUAGAUAUUAUACAAUCCGCAUUGUACCUGAUACAGAACACAAUUCAGUGCUUAAUUAUCCUUUAUAAGGUUCAACAUUGACUGUUACAUCUGCUUUCUCAGCCAUAAAUAUUUGCAAAAAAACAGGCAUUUUCUUUAUUAUGCAUCUACACUAGUAUUGUUUAAUAAAAAGAGAAUGAAGCUGUGGAUGUUUUAGGUUUUAAUUCAUUUAAGGAUGUCCAUACAACAGUUAGGUGACCCAAAAAGCAGUGAAUGAAAACAGGUUUUAAAAGCCACCGAUCACUGCUGAUAUGAGCACUCAGCUCACAGUCACGUGAUCAGGUUGCUUUCUAACUCCCAUGUCGACUAAUAAAAAAAAAAAACAACAUAUAUUCAGUUGAAGACACAAAAAUCAACGCAACCACUUUUCACCCUGUGCUUGCAAAACUCAGUGAAGCACAAAAGACCAGAAAUACUGGCACAAUGCUGAAACAGACAAGAACCAAACACGAGUCAGCCUCUGAGGAGGCACAGCCGGUGAAAACAGAAGGAUUGUACACUGAUGUUGACAAACUAAAAACAUAAAAAGAGCUAUUUGUAGAUCCGCUGAACUCACAAAUCAACUGGACACUGGGAUUCACAAUUCUGUUAUGGAUUUAAAAGUAAAACUGCGUCACAUCACAGGUGUUUAGGAGCACAUCGAACCCAGCGUGGGAGGAAAAAAAACAGAGACACCACAAAAUGUUUAAUGAGGGCUGUGUGAAGCUGGAUUUCAUCAUUCGCUCACAGGUUUAGAUUGUAGAUAAUUUCACACAGUUUGAAAACGAUGCUCGGGUUAAUGUUUGUGUCCCAUCUCUCUAUCAAUGGACUGCACCUCUCCUCUCAGUUACAAUCAACCAGCAGUGUUCAGGAACAAAAAGCAGUCACGAUCAUGGAAGGCUUAAAGUAUUUUACUCUGCAGGUCCUCAAAGCUCAGUUCUGUGAAUCGAGGCUGCAGUGAGGAAUAAUUUAACCCUUUGUAGAUGCUUGACUGGCUUAACCUGUA